AUGCUGUGGCUUCCGUCGUCCCAGCCCGCCCUUGCACUUGCAUGCCUGCUGCCAACCUGUCAACCCAUUGCCACGGCGCAUCAGAACCGCGGAGAUCUCUACAGCAUUUCUACGUGCCUGGAUGAAUUCACUUCUGAAGAAGUUGCCCCCAUGCGCGAUGCAUACAUUGACUUGGAUGCCUACGAGGAGGCCCAUUUCCGUCAAUGA